CGUGAGUUACCUGUCUCUCUCUCUCUCUCUCUCUCUCUCUCUCUCUCUCCCUCCCUGUGGGAAGUCCAAUCCCUCAGAUCUCCGAUCAUCUACUCCACAUUUCUACACGAUUCUCUCCAUAUAUAGUUUUGAUCGUUUUCUUCAAUGGCUGGUGUACUUGAAACCCUCACUGUCCCUCGCCAUGCCGGUUUGCCGGCGGCUUCAUUGGCUCCGAUCUCAAGUUCAUCGAUUUCUGCACUUUCCGGUAGCUGUAAAUCGGUCAAUCUGCCGGAAUUUAGAGGCCUUAAGAUCCAAUCGAGAUAUUCGAGUCGCUUUAUGGGAUCGGUUAGUUCGAGGUCGAGACUAGUUCGUCGUGGUGGACGAAUCGUAUGCGAGGCUCAGGAGACCGCCGUUGAAGUGCCUGCUGUCACUGAUACAACAUGGCAGUCACUUGUGCUUGAGUCUGAUUCUCCAGUUCUGGUUGAAUUUUGGGCUCCAUGGUGUGGGCCAUGCCGUAUGAUCCACCCUGUUAUCGAUGAAUUGGCCAUGCAGUAUGCUGGGAAGCUCAAAUGCUACAAGGUGAACACUGAUGAGAGCCCCUCAAUUGCAACAAGAUAUGGGAUCCGAAGCAUCCCGACUGUCAUAAUCUUCAAGAAUGGGGAGAAGAAAGAUGCAGUUAUUGGUGCAGUUCCAAAAUCAACACUGACCAGCAGCAUAGAAAAAUUCUUGUAGACGUGGUAAGUAUAUAAAUUCCUUCUGGGAAUUAAGAUGUCUCUUAAAUUUGUUUCCUCUCUAAAGCUUACGAGGUCACAAGUCGAGAUAGCAUGCUCCUCAAUAAACACGAUAUACUCCUGUAUAGCUGUCGGAUGCUGCUAUGUUUCCUGCUUUUCUUCAGAUAUCUAGUUACCUUUAUCUUAAAUUUUCUGAACGGGCUCUUUUAGAAUUCUUGUAUAUAUGGAUUAAACUGCACAGUGCCUGUUUCUUGAUGCCAUGUACCGAUUUAGUUAGAUUCGAGUAUUGGCCAAUUAAUAAAUGUUAGUUCUAUA